AUGGAGAUGGGCACGGUUCUGGGUGCCAUGGAGGAGUACACCUUCACCUUCGUGGCCAUGGCUGUGGGGUUCCUAGUGCUUGUGCAUUUGUACGAGCCGUACUGGAAGGUGCGCGCCACGGGCCCGGGCCCGGGCCCGUGCCGCUCAUCGGCCACCUCCACCUGCGUCUUCCCUGUGCUCGCCAAGAAGCACGGCCUAUCUUCAGGACCGGCCCUGGGAAGGCAGCCAUUGAUCAUUGUAGCCGACGCAGAGCUCUGCAAGGAGGUGGGCAUCAAGAAGUUCAAGAGAAUGCCUAACAGGAGCUUGCCUUCGCCCAUCGCCAAUUCUCAAAUACACCGGAAAGGCCUCUUCGCUACAAGGGAUUCGAGGUGGUCGGCGAUGCGAAAUGUUAUCGUCUCGAUCUACCAGCCGUCGCACCUCGCCGGGCUGAUCCCGACGAUGGAGUCGUGCAUCGAGCGCGCUGCGACGACGAACCUCGACGACGGCGAGGAGGUCAUCUUCUCCAAGAUGGCGCUGAGCCUCGCCACCGACGUCAUCGGUCAAGCGGCGUUCGCUGCGGACUUUGGCCUCUCGGGAAAGCCGGCGGUGCCUGACGAUGAUACGAAGGGUGUCGACGACGUCGGUGAUGCAGCAAAGGCGAAGGCGUCAUCGAAGUUCAUAAACAUGCACAUCCACUCGACCACGUGGCUCAAGAUGGACCUGUCGGGGUCGCUCUCCACCAUUCUUGGCACGCUCGUGCCCUUCCUGCAGAAGCCGCUGCGGCAGGUGCUCUUGAGGGUCCCCAGCUCCGCCGACCGGGAGAUCACCCGUGUGAACGGCGAGCUCCGUAGGAUGGCGGACGGCCUCGUCGCCGCCUGCGCAGCGGAGAGGGAGCGUGCGCCGGCGGCGUCACAGUCACAGCAGCACAAGGACUUCCUCUCCGUGGUGCUCGCGGCGAAGGAGAGUGACGCGUCCACGCGGGAGCUGCUCUCGCCGGACUACUUGAGCGCGUUGACCUACGAGCACCUCCUCGCUGGGUCGGCGACCACGGCGUUCACGCUAUCCUCCGUGGUCUACCUCGUCGCCAAGCACCCGGAAGUGGAGGAGAAUCUGCUUCGGGAGAUCGACACGUUCGGCCCUCGCGGCACCGUGGUGAAGGAGUCGAUGAGGCUGUUCAUGGUGUCGCCAUUGGUGGCGCGAGAGACCUCCGAGCGACUGGAGAUUGGUGGCUAUGUGCUUCCAAAGGGCACAUGGGUGUGGAUGGCACCAGGGGUCCUCGCCAAGGAUCCCCACAACUUCCCGGACCCGCAGUUGUUCCGACCAGAGCGGUUCGAACCAGCCGGUGACGAGCAAAAGAAGCGGCACCCAUACGCGUUCAUCCCUUUUGGAAUCGGCCCCAGGGUUUGCAUCGGCCAGAAGUUCGCCAUCCAGGAGAUCAAGCUCGCGAUAAUCCACCUCUAUCAGCACUAUGUGUUCCGGCAUUCUCCCAGCAUGGAGUCCCCUCUAGAGUUUCAGUUUGGGAUUGUGGUCAACUUCAAGCAUGGUGUCAAGCUUCACGUCAUCAAGAGGCAUGUGGCUUGUCUCUAG